GGAAGCAACUUGUCCAGAAGGAGAGAGAGAUUUAAAGCAAAAGCAAAAGGCAAGGCAUGUAGGAGACAAACACAAGAGAAUAAGUAGGGGUGCAUGCGCCUAUUGCUAGCAAAUAGAUCAGCAGUGACAGUGGAAAAAAAAUUUAAGCACUGGCAAUGAAGACCUCGGGAAAUAAUAACGGCGAGAAUGAGACGCUGUCGACUGACAAUGAGGAAGAGCUAUUUCCAGCAUUUUCAAUGUCUUUGUUUCAAGCGCGAGAAGAAGAGAUCGAGAGGAAGAAGAUGGAGAUCAGGGAGAAGGUUCAAAUGCAGUUGGGCCGCGCUGAGGAAGAGUCCAAGCGCUUGUCACAUGUUUGGGAAGAGCUCGAGGUUUUGGUGGAUCCAAUGAAGAAAGAAGUUGCGAUUAUUCGUAAGAGGAUCGAUGUGGUUAACCGAGAUCUAAAAUCACUUGGCCAAAGCUGCCAAAAGAAGGAGAAAGAAUACAGAGAAGCACUGGAGGCCUUCAAUGAAAAGAGCAGUGAGAAAGCUCAACUAACAUCCACAUUAGUGGAGCUGGUGAAUGAAAGUGAAAAAUUAAGAAUGAAGAAGCUGGAGGAGCUCAGCAAGAUUAUUGAUCCAGCAAUCUGAAAAUUUGUUCUCAGUUUAAUUUCUCUUUGAAUUUCUUUUUCUUUUCUUUUUCUACUUUUUUUUGUUAUGUGGAAACUGUAAAGGUAUUUAUUAUGUGGUGAGCACUGCCAUCAUCACAACGUCAAAGAUGACAAAUUGUACACUAAUUGUCUUUAAAUUAGAGGUUUGAGGUUUGUUUAUGGAGAAA